CCUGCCUCUGUCUACCGAGUGCUGGGAUUAAAGGUGUGUGCCACCAUGCCCGGCUGCAUUUUCUUUAUGUGCAAAGCUUUAAUACCAUGUUUGUUUAUUUUACAGGUGUAAGUUCUGGUUACAUCCAACUUUGAUAGAAAAAACACCACCAGAACUUUAUUGAGAAUGGAUUCUGAGAGUAAACAUGAAAAUGAUGAGGAUGAAAGUAUUAAGGAAGCAAGAGACACGGGAAGCGUCUUAUCCUAUGACACCAGUUGUGCCCCUGUAUCUGAUGAGAUAACAAACGCUCCUGAGAGGUUUACAAGCAAAAGAGCUUUUUCAGAGUCGUCCAACUCAGACAGUGUUGCUGUGGAGGAAGACAGAAGUGAACUUGCUUCCAAACGACUGAGAACAGAGGCAGUGGAGCCCCUGGAGCCGAGGGAGCAGGGUGCCUGUGGUCUGGGCACUGUGGAAGCUAGUGUCCAUUUGGCUGAAGCGGGAAAGGAGGCCUUUCCAGCAAACCUCUCAGAAGGAGGCAGAGCUCUUCCAAAUGCCUUCUCCCUGCCUUCUCUGAAAACAGAUGCAACGAGAAAGCCUGCUCAGGACACGGGUUCCCUUGUUCUGGAAAGACAUGCUCCUUUUCCUCCAGAAGAAAUGAGCGUUGCCUGUAGCUUUGGAGAUGUAGAUACAGCUCUUGAGUGCAGAGUAUGUGGCCAUUUAUUCUCUUCCUGCUCUGCCUUGGAAAAGCACACACAAUGCCAUGUGGGCCAGGGGGAGGAGCAUGCCUGCUGCCAUUGUAGCCACAAAGCGGAAAGUAGCGCAUCUCCUCACAUGCAUGCCACACACACUCCAGGGCCACAGAAAGUCUUUUCCUGUGCCCUCUGUGGCUUUCAUUGUGCUGAAGAAAGCAUGUUGACUGCACAUUGUCUUGGCAAAACCCACCUUCGUCGUCAGAACCUUGCUGCUCGCGGAGGAUUCGUGCAGAUCCUAACAAAACAACCCUUUCCUAAAAAAGCCUGUGUCACGGGAACAAAGAAUGUCAGAACAAAACCAAGAGCUUCUAAGCCAAUAGCAGGGAAUGAGGAUUCAAAAGGAGCGCAGAGCCCUGGGAACACAUGGAGGGGCUGCAGAGGAGCCCUUUCUCAACACAGUGCCGGCGGCAGUGGUGAGCUUCUUGUGGAGAUGGUGUCACCUAGCAAUAUCUCAGCAGGGAAAGCAGAAGUAGUUGAGGAAAAUGUCACUUUUGGUGUAGCUCAAAACCCUGAAAAUCAGAGCAAACAGCCAGGGGGCUUAGUAAGCUCAGAGGGUCUUUUAAAUAAAUCAGGAUUCACCAAAACCACCCUCCAGACAGCACAUAGCACUAUCAGUAGUGCCCUGAGGCCGAGAGCUGAGCGCAAUCUUCUCAUGUUGGGUAAUAGCUUCCGCAGACGAAGUGGCGCUUUUACUUUAAAGGGCCAGGCAAAGAAAAGGUUUAAUCUCCUAGGAAUUAAUAAAAGGGGUACCAAUGAGACUCAGAGGACGUUUAUGAAACACUUUAGAACACAGGUGAAAACAAAUGAUUUACAGCCAAUGCCAGAGCAAACACAAAUGGGCAAGGAUAUCCAAAGUCUGGGGGUGACUACCUCAGACAGCUUAGAAGUGAUGCAGGAUAAGACGGCUCCUUGUCUCUCAGGCCCCACCCAGCAAGGCUCCCUGCCAGUAACGCCAGCUGAGCACCAGAUGCCUGUGCAGCGCACCUGUGCAGAGUGUGCUCAGAUAGCCGCAAACAAAGCUGACUUGGAAAUUCACGCUAAAAAGUGCCAUGCAAGAGAGCCGCAGUUCUCUUGUCAGGCUUGCAGCUUUUCUAGUCCAGCAAGGGGAGGCUUCGAGGAGCACGCGCACAGGAGUCAGCAGCAGCAGGCGCCUCCUGGCCGCAGCUGCCAGCGCUGCUCCUUUACUGCCUCCAGGCAGACGAGUCUUCCAGGCCACAUGAAGGAAAAGCAUGGCAUGGGCUUCUUUUGUGCCUCUUGUGAUCUGUUCUUGUCUGAGAAAGAUGUGGAUGAGCACAGAGCAGCUGAGACGCACAAUAGUUUAGUGGUUCAACCAAAGACGGCUUCGUCGCUGAGCAGUGACUCUGUUUUACCUCUCAGUACUGGAGAGUCAGAAAACACAGAGGAUUCUAGAGAAGGGCCAGGGAAAGCAGCUCAGGAAGAACCUGCGGAGGCCAGGGUAAGCCAUGCAACGGAAGCAAGGCAUUCAAGUAAGCCUCAGUUUCAGUGUAAGAAGUGCUUUUAUAAAACAAGGUCUUCCACUGUCCUUACAAGACACAUAAAACUUCGGCAUGGCCAAGACUACCACUUUCUUUGUAAAGCAUGUAAUCUUUAUUCGUUGAGCAAAGAAGGAAUGGAGAAGCACAUUAAAAGGAGCAAACACCUUGAAAACGCUAAGAAACAUAAUAUUGGUUUAAGUUUUGAAGAGUGCAUUGAAAGAGUAUGUAUAGGUACCAAUGAUAAAAAAGACGAGUCUAAUAUUUCUGGAAGUGAAAGGCCUGAAGGCCAUGUUGGUGUGCGACUACAGGAGCAUUCCUGUCUUGAGCAGAGUGUGUUAACUCCCAAGGAACUGCCUCAGUCUGGUGUCAGCACCAAAGAUGAUGAAUUGGCCUUAGCCACUGCUCCAAAGAGAGGUAGGCCCAAAGGCAGCACCGCACGCACCUGUUCCCACUGUGGACUUUUGGCCUCUAGCAUUACUAAUUUGACCGUGCACAUCAGGCGUAAACACAGUCACCAGUAUAGUUAUUUGUGCAAAGUAUGUAAGUAUUAUACUGUAACUAAAGGAGAUAUGGAACGCCAUUGUGCCACCAAGAAACAUAAAGGACGGGUAGAAAUGGAAGCCAGUGGGAAACAAAGUGCAGAUAUAAUUGUGGGCCCAGAAGGGGGUAAUCUUGACACGUGUAAAAAGAACAGCCCUCUAGUGACGGUUUCUGAAGAACAGGCGAACAAGUCAGCUACGUUAGAUCGAUCUACUUUCGAGAAGCCAGUGGCAGAUGACGGAGAUGCAGCUGAAGCUGAUGCUGGGAAUGCAUUUCAUUGUGUAGAUGGAGAGGCCAGCAGUCAUCUUUCUGAUACAAAGGGACAGACACCUCUAGAGACAGAGGACCGUCUACAGCAUCAUGAUGUGUGCACUCAGAGAGACGUUGCUGGUUCAAGUGACAAUAAAUGUUUACACUGUGAGUUCAGUGCUCACUCUGCAGCAUCGCUAGAGCUGCACGUGAAAAGGAAGCAUACCAAAGAGUUUGAGUUCUAUUGCAUGGCCUGUGAUUACUACGCAGUGACUCGCCGGGAGAUGACUAGGCAUGCUGCGACUGAGAAGCAUAAAAUGAAAAGGCAGUCUUACCUCAACUCUUCUACUGUGGAAGCAGGUUCUUCAGAAAUAUCCAAGAGCACCAUUCUACCUGAGGAGGAGCACUCACAAAAUCCUGAGGCAUUUCAAAUAAAUCCAGACCAAUCAUCUGGUACUCUGAAAUCCAGAAAUGCUACGAAUCGUUCUUUCCUAGAUGCCAGUUCUAAUUUAGAUAUGUCUAAAGUGCUCUGUGCUCCUGACGCAGUAGAAAUUGUGACUGAGGAGGAGUCUAAUGUUAGUGAGGAUCAUUCCUUCUGUGAAAGCUUGCAACAACCCCUUGUUAAGGAUGAGAGUAUGAAACCCAAGGAAAUAGUGUCCCUUAGCACUCCAUCGAAUCACAGUUCCCCAGGCCGUCUUCACAAUGAAGGUCCAGGAAGCUCUGCUGCAGACGGUGGGACAGCAAAGGCCAACCAGGACAUGUUGAAUGAUGUUGAUGAUUCAAGAACACAUGGUGAGGAUGAGAGGGGCAGCGCAGAUGAUAGUGGAGCUAAAAUUCUUGACACGUCCCUCUGCCCUGAAGACCUAGCUGGGGCCCAUUCAGCUGAAUCCACUUCUGCUGUGGUGAUGAAAGUUCCAAGAGAGCAGCUGGACCUGGGUGGCGGUGGCCAGAAUAGAGUUGGAUGUGAACAGAGUUCAGAAGAUUUGAAAGAUGUGCAAGCAAACUCUAUUCUUGAGAAUAAGGAAAUUCUGAUGAAUUCACAACAUGAAACUGAAGUCAUUUUGGAAGAGGAUGGCCCAGCCUCUGAUGGCACUGUUGACAGUAAUGAUGUUUAUGAAACUAUAAUAAGUAUUGAUGAUAAAGGGCAAACAAUGUACAGUUUUGGCAGGUUUGAUUCUUCCAUAAUCAGAAUAAAGACAGAAGAUGGUGAAUUGGUAGAUCAGUCAGAAGAAGGUCUGAUGGCAACGGGGGUGAGAGGUAGCGAGCUGCCCCUAAAAGACUGUGCUCAAGGCCUGAAGAAGAGGAAAGUUGAAGGCAGCUCCUUCGCUGAGGCCACACGGAUCCGCUGUGACGAUUGUGGUUUCCUCGCUGAUGGGCUGAGCGGACUGAAUGUGCAUAUUGCCAUGAAGCACCCUACAAAAGAGAAGCACUUCCACUGUCUGCUGUGCGGGAAGUCCUUCUACACGGAGAGCAACCUGCACCAGCACUUGGCUAGUGCCGGCCACAUGAGAAACGAGCAGGCCAGCGUAGAAGAGCUCCCAGAGGGAGGGGCCACCUUCAAAUGUGUCAAGUGUACGGAGCCCUUCGAUUCUGAGCAGAACUUAUUUCUGCAUAUUAAAGGACAGCACGAGGAAUUGCUACGGGAGGUGAAUAAGUACAUAGUGGAAGACACCGAGCAAAUCAACCGGGAGAGAGAAGAGAACCAGGGCAAUGUGUGCAAGUACUGUGGGAAGAUGUGUCGGAGCAGCAACUCCAUGGCCUUCCUGGCUCACAUUCGGACGCACACGGGAUCAAAGCCUUUCAAAUGCAAGAUAUGCCAUUUUGCAACAGCCCAGCUUGGAGAUGCCAGGAACCACGUGAAAAGGCACCUCGGUAUGCGGGAGUACAAGUGCCGCGUCUGCGGGGUUGCUUUUGUGAUGAAGAAGCAUUUAAAUACUCACCUACUAGGCAAGCAUGGAGUUGGCACCCCCAAAGAAAGGAAAUUUACAUGCCACUUAUGUGAUAGAAGUUUCACAGAGAAGUGGGCCUUGAACAACCACAUGAAACUCCACACGGGAGAAAAGCCGUUUAAGUGCACCUGGCCAACCUGCCACUAUUCCUUCCUUACGGCCUCAGCGAUGAAAGACCACUACAGGACGCACACAGGCGAGAAGUCGUUUCUCUGUGACCUCUGCGGCUUUGCCGGAGGGACCAGGCACGCCCUCACCAAGCACCGCAGGCAGCACACAGGAGAAAAGCCUUUCAAAUGUGACGAGUGUAACUUCGCCUCCACAACCCAGUCACACUUGACCCGUCAUAAGCGUGUGCACACUGGAGAGAAACCCUACAGGUGCCCUUGGUGUGACUACAGAUCAAACUGUGCUGAGAACAUCCGCAAACAUAUUCUGCACACCGGCAAGCACGAAGGUGUCAAGAUGUACAACUGCCCAAAAUGUGACUAUGGGACAAACGUCCCUGUGGAAUUCCGGAACCACUUGAAAGACCAGCACCCUGACAUUGAGAACCCCGACCUUGCGUACUUGCACGCUGGCAUUGUGUCCAAGUCCUACGAGUGCCGCCUGAAAGGACAAGGAGCCACCUUUGUGGAGACAGACAGCCCCUUCACUGCAGCCACCCUGGCAGAGGAGUCGCCUGUCAAGGAGAAGUCCCUGAGAAACAGCAAGAGGCAGGCUCCGCCUCCUGAGCAGGUCCAGCAGGUCAUCGUCAUCCAGGGCUAUGACGGGGAGUUUGCCCUGGAUGCUUCUGUGGAGGAGACUGCUGCAGCCACACUGCAGACACUAGCAAUGGCCGGCCAAGUGGCCAGGGUGUUACACAUCACAGAACAUGGGCAGGUAAUUGCCACAAGUCAGAACGGGUCGCAUGUGGGCAGUGUUGUGCCUGGACCUAUCCUCCCAGAGCAGCUAGCAGACGGAGCCACCCAGGUAGUUGUCAUGGGGGGCUCCAUGGAAAGUCACAGUGUGGAUGAGGCUCUUAGCCCAGGGGCUGCUGUGAUACAGCAGGUUACCAAGCAGGAGGUCUUAAGUCUGUCUGAGGCUGGGGUCCCCCCAUCUGAUGGCUCCUCGGCCUUAGAUGCACUGCUGUGUGCUGUCACUGAAUUGGGAGAGGUGGAGAGCAGAGUGGUGCAUGAGGAAAAGGGCAGGCCCAGCCACAAGGACGUGCUGAUCCAGCUGCCCAGCCAGGAAGCAGCCCAUGGUCAUGCCAGGGUGGAGGCCGCAGAGACUCAGUUGUUCCACGACAGCCAGGAGAGCCCUGCCGCCAUGGAAGUGCUGACCCAGGUUGUCCGUCCGUCAGCUAUCAUCACGUCUCAGGAGCGAGCCCAGGUGGCCUUCAAGAAGAUGGUUCAGGGAGUCCUUCAGUUUGCUGUGUGUGACACAGCUGCAGCCAGCCAGCUGAUGAAGGAUGGUGUCACCCAAGUCAUUGUGAACGAGGAGGCCGCCGUCCACAUGGUGGCCGGAGAAGGCUCCCAGUUCCUCAUGCAGGAGGCUGCGACUCAUGGCCUGCGGGUGCCAGCUGAGCAUGUGGACCUGGUAGAGUCAGAAGGGGAGAUCUCACAGAUCAUUGUGACAGAAGAGCUGGUCCAAGCCAUGGUGGGUGAAUCCGACAGCAACUUCCCUGAAGGUGCCACUCACUACAUUGUAACAGAGUUGCCUCCUGGUGUGCAGGAGGACACAGGGCUUUACUCCCACACUGUGAUAGAGACGGCGAACUCUUCAGAGAUCCUGCAGGCUGGGGCUGCGCUUGGCGCUGAGGCCGUGGGCACUAAUAGCACAGAACAGUUGACAAGCAUGGUCAUCUAUACCCAGGAUGGCUCGCCAGCAGCCACCGUGAUCCAGAGCCACAGAGAAAACAGUGAACUCCAAGAAGCAUGAGGCUCUGUGCUGGGCACAGGGCAGUGUACAAAGGUCCACGUGGGCUGCCACAGAGGCCACUGAGCUUGGCUUGUCACAUUUACCUUAGAGGCAUGCGCAGCAGGCCCUUAGGCAGAGGUGACAUUGGCCACUAAAAAGACAACAGAGAGAGGUAGAGAGCCAAACCUACAGCUCAGUUGCCUAGCAACCUAAUCAGAGUUAGUGGGUGGGAUAAACAUGUGCCACAGCCUGGUCACUGGGUCCUCUGCUCAUGGCCUUGACCCUCCAGCACCACUGUGGUGAGGAGCAGUUUUCCCUGGUUU